CUGUGUAGCAGUAGACAUAGAUAUAAUAGAGAUUAUAUGCAGUAGACUGGAAUAAACAUAGACAUAAUAUUAUUAUGUAUAUGGGAAUAAACAGAAUCGCUGAAAGGCUGAAAGUGUGGCGUUACUGCGCAUGACAGAUGCUGUUGUCGGUCUUGUGCUACGCUAAAACCGUCUGUCAUCAGAUUUCACUAGCAUCCUCCUAGUGUUGAUACAAGAGGAUUCGUUUUUGAAAUGGCGGAGGUUGAAGAGACUUUGAAGAGAAUCCAAUGUCAAAAAGGUGUUCAAGGGAUUAUUAUUGCUAACGCUGAAGGCAUCCCCAUUAAAACGACCCUGGAUAAUGCAAGCACAGUUCAGUACGCUGGGCUCAUACACCAGCUUCUUAUGAAGGCCCGCAGCACAGUCAGAGAUAUCGACCCACAGAAUGACUUGACUUUCCUGAGAAUUCGCUCCAAAAAGAAUGAGAUAAUGAUCGCACCUGACUUACCUGCACGUGUGUAACGUAUUGACGUAGCCACUCCUUGACGUGCCUGUGAGGCGCAAAUGUGUAGGCCUUAAUUGACCCACUGAUUGACACUGCAGCAGGUUAGAUGGCGAGUUGGAAUAGUUUUCCGACCGCAUAGCACAUUCGCAUAGCAUACUCUUUACUUUAUCUGUAUUUUGCAUCCUUUAUUUUCACUUUUUUAAGUCAACCGGACUGUGGAAUAAAUGACAUCCUUUUGAUUUAAUUCUACUCUCCUUGUGUGCUUCUCUGGAAUGUGUGUCGGGAGAAUUCCUCUACCUCACGUGGCUAAAACAUUUGGUGGAAUAGACAUUUCAAAUGUUGUAUCUAGCUUUCCAAUAUCUAUGAUGUAUACAACUCUUGCACAUUCUGCUAGUGACAUAAGCACCUCUCCAGCUAAGCGCAUCUGUACUGAGGGCAAGCGCCACUACAAGGUGAAACAGCAUAAGAGCCGUAUGUAACGGAGACGAACUGAGCUAGCAUGCUAGUUGCCCGUGUAAUUCCUCACACCCCUAACCUUAAGAACGCUUCUAACCGCUAAGUUGGAAGCCUGGGCUUUUAGCUCAGUGGUUAAAGCGUUCGACUCCCAUGCUGCAGUCUGCUGUCGAGGUGGCGGGUUCGAGGGCCGUGAGCGGCGGACAAAUUACGACCUCUGUUACAGUGGUGCCGUAAACCCGGAUCAUGGGAGUGAGGAUUUAGGGAGGUGAGUGUAACGGAGGCGAACUGAGCUAGCAUGCUAGUUGCCCGUGUAAAUCCUCUCACCCCUAACCUUAAGAACGCUUCUGACCGCUGAGUUGGAAGCCUGGGCUUUUAGCUCAGUGGUUAGAGCGUUCAACUCCCAUGGCGGUGAGUGUCGAGGUGGCGGGUUCGAGGGCCGUGAGUGGCGGAAGAAUUACGACCUCUAUUACACAUAUAAUAAUUUAUUAUUUUGAUUAGGUGUACCAACCUCAACCUUAGAAACAACAUGUUCAGUCAACCAGAUGAAGUGAUGGAUAUAUGUCUGUAUUGAUUGAUGCUUUUGUUUCUCU